AUGGGUUUUUGUUUGGAUUUCGUUGAUCCUUUUCUGAGCGCGAGGAUCACGUUGGUUGAAUGGCUCUACAUGAGUGUUAGCCUCAUGCUGUGUACGAGUCAUUGUUUCAUCUCUUAACUGAUGUGUGAACCUGUUCGGAGACGGAACGUUGUGCACAGUCUUGUAGGGUGCAUAAGGAGAGAACCAUUCUUCUGAUAUUUCUUCCGUUUUUUUGCACAAGCCUUGUUUCGAAGCGGUAGUGAUUGCGGAAGUGUUAUCGUUUGCCUCCAUUACAGCCACGGGCGUUGUUGUGGCAUACUGGUGAAUCAGUUCACGAGGAUUCGUGAUCAAAUAUCCAGUCUUGGUAUCGAAGCGGCAAAUUGAAUCAGAAAACAUCGACGAAGCUGCGCUUAUCCUUCCAUCGUUGCCUGAUCCAAGGAAUUCAUUCAACUUAUGAGUCUGAGUAACAAAAGAAUCCACUGCAUUGUACUGACCGCCUCGCAUGUCGCCAAUAGCUUUUCCUUGCCAGCCAUCUCCUGGAACGCCUGUUCCUAUUACUCGACUCAGUGGAGCAUGACAGGUGUCGUUCACGCCCACUUCAGUACUGCCGCACGCGCCAUAUCCUUAAGGAAAACGUGAUCCACCAUGCAUACCGGUUGUUUUUUUUUCACAACAAUCGUUUUUUUCGUGGGAAUCCACUCCGAUAAGGUUUAA